UACGUCACGGGCGCCCGUGUUGAACUGCAUUGCGUUUGUACGUCAUCAAAACAAAUAAAACAAAACCAGAUUCCGUCUCGAAAUAACGUGUUACGUCUAUAAAUAAACCUCGGAAUCAAUCAAUAAUGAACCGCCUCUCGUCCUGAUGGAUAUCUCGUGUACAAAUUAAGAAAAGAAGCGGGAAUUUUCGUUUCGCAAUUUCGAAGUUUUUGUGUUCCAUAUUAUCGGUGCAACGGUAUUGGUGACCUACUUGAGUGCAGUGUGACGUCAUUGGUGGAUUUGUUUUCCCUUUUCGAAAAGUGGUGUACCAUUUUUAUUUUCGGAAAAAUGUGAAAUUGUUUUUGGCUGUAUGGUAUAGUGGAUUUUUUAUUGUUUUGGUUAAAUUUUUUAGGCAGCAAUUAAAAUAGAAAGUUUCGGUUACAAUAUUAGCAAACGUGAAAGUUGCCCGCAGUUUCUGGGAAUUGAUUGUGUUCCUAUAAUUUAUAAGUUAUUUAUUUAAUUUUCACUCUAAAAUGUCUACAGCAUAGCCACAGCCGUAAAUUAGUGUACAAAUUAAAAAAAUAAGAAAAAAAAGGAGUGCCCACAAUGAAAAUAACCACCCUUGCUGGGACCAGGGCAGCGACCACCGAGCCUCCUCGCUCGACGGCGUAUUACUACGCUGACCUUGAACGCCUGAAACGGAAAGACCAGGACUUACCAAACCCGUUGAAGAAUCCAGAAGAAUACACAGAGUCCAAUAUCGUCGACGAUGGUCCUGUUACAGAGGUACCGCCGUUUAGGGACAGGAAGUUCAGUCUGCCGGAGUAUUCUACGCCGGAGAACUCGAGGAAUCCCGAGGAGACUUACUCCACAGCUGGUACUUUUCCAAUGCCCGAGCAGAAGGAGAAGGAACCCUUGUUGGCUGAGCUGGAGGUGGUCGGGAGACUGCCCCUGACUCAGCUGGAGUCUAACAUCGGGGUGAGGAGAAGCAGGAGCUGGUACCUUUGCUGUCCAAACGUGGGGGAUGAGGAGAUGUCCAGGGAAUCGUCGUGGAGGUAUUCCAGUUUGAGGCCUGUGACGGCGCCCCCGGCGCCUGGGCAAAACGGAUUCGUCACUAUGGUCGCCUCCCAGACCAGUCGUGAGGACUUCGCCAGUCUCCGAGCUGAAAGGGACGCGCUCGCGAGAGCUUUGACAGCUGAGAGACAGCGGUCCGCCGCGGCUGCGCGCGCGCAUGACGCUCGGCUGGCGGAGCUGCACGGCGUCAUAGCGGAGCUGGUGCGCAGGCGGGCCCAGGAUAAGCAGUCCACGGCUAUACCUGAGGAGGAGGUGUCAGACGAAUGCGAGUCUACGACGCAGCCGGCUGGGGAAUUGGAUCUCGAUGCGGACCGCUCGCGCACAGAGCAAAACUCUUCAAUACUCAGUCCUGAGCCGCCACAGAGGCAGGCAGACGAGCACGGACCCGCGCCCUGUGUGGAGGUCACCGCGGCCGGAGACUGCGAAGCGAGCCUCAAUCUGUCUGAGAAAGACUCCGAAGUGUGCCUCAGUACUGCGAGAUGCUGCGAACUGGACGGUAGCUGUGAAAGGGAACACGGAUCGGCUGACGGGGCGUACACGACCUCGCCUGGUCGCUGUGAAUCGAGACGUGCAAAGUUAGCGUGCAGAGUGCGUCUGAGGCGGGCCGCGGACGAAGUCGCGGACGAUACGGAGGGCACCAGCGAUGAGGAGUGGGCGGGCGCCGCCCAGAGGCUGGCGCUGGACGUCUGCGCGGACGCAGAGCUGAGUGAGGCGCUGGUGGCCGCCAGUAACGACGGCACCGCGCUCGCGGCGUCGGUGGCGUUGUGGCGGGCGCGCUGCGCGAAGCUCCAAGCGGACUGCGGAGUGUUGCAGAACGCUUUGCACCACGCCGCCGACACCGCGCACAGACUGUCGAGCGCGUGCGCGGUGCAGGAGUCGCGCGCGGCGUGCGUGUGCGGCGCCCUGCGCGCGGCCGACGGCGCCCUGGAGGCCUACGACGUGCUGCUGGCGCUGGCCGAGACCAGGGGCGGGCAGCCGGAGCGGGCAUCCGCCGAGCUGGUGGGCAGGCAGCUUCUGUCACGUUUAGAACAGUGCACCACAUCCGUGGGGCAGCCGCUACUCUCCCCAGGACCUUGGAUGCAGCAUUCGCAAGCGUGCGAGGAGGGCGCGUGGUCGGCGCAGGCGGAGCUGCGCCUGCGCCGCCUGGCCGCGCGCCUCAAGGCCGAGUCGGUGGCGCUGCGCCGCCUGCAGCCGCCGCCCGCCUUCUACUCGCACCACGAAAUAGAUCUGAGCGGUAUACCAAAACCUGAAGAGCCGUUCAACAUGGCCGAUAUGGAGGAGGCUGUCGCGAUGCAGGAAGCGCUAACGGCGAGAGAAGCGAAAGCGGUGGAGCGCGCGGCGCUCGCGGGCGUGACGUCACGCGAGCGAGCGGAGCUCUGUCGAAACCAUAAGGGCGAGUCGGCACGCCGCAGCAGACGCCCCCGACAUUGGCUACGCUCCCCGCCGAGCGAGACUCAGCUCUAGUUGUUAUGUACUGAGCUGUGUGUAUGUAUGUAUGUAUGUUUGUAAUAUAGUAAAACUCCAAUUAUCCGAAUCGCCGAUUAUCCGAAUCAAAUCAUACAAUCCGAAAACGGUUGAAGACCGCAAAACAGCUUACAUUGACGGAGAUGUUUAAAAAACAAUGAUUUUUAUUUCUAAACUUGUACAUAAGUACAUUUUAUUUAUAUUUAAAACAUGCGAAAAUUUCAUGUUUCUUUCAUUUAAUUCAAUAAAAAAAAUAGUGCAACAUCAAAACGUAGCUUUUAUUCUCUCCAAUGGCAAUUUUUUUUUUAAAUAUCCGAUUAUCCGAAUAUUUGAUUAUCCGAAUGGGUCCCGGUCCCUAUUAAUUCGGAUAAUUGGAGUUCUACUGUAUCUUUAUUGCAUUGAAAUGUUGUAUACAGUAACAAUAAAAUAGUAUCUACGUUAAGUUAUGAAAGGAACAAAUCACUUGCUUUGACGGACUUAUCCCACGAAGGGAUCUCUUCCAGUUAACCGGCAAGCAAUAAAGGUAGUAGAUAAUUCGAUUAAAAGCGGCAAGUCAGUGUGUUUUUAUUUAAAGCUCAAAUUCAAAUUCAAAAUUUUUAUUCAUUAUUAUAAGAUAAUUCGUAUCGCUUAAUAAUUGUCAAAACGUAUGGUUUAACAACAUUGGUUGACGUCAAAUAAAUUACUUAAAAAAACUAAGUUUACUGCCGCUUCCAAGGCGUCAGUGCUAAAGAAGCGGUAACAAACUUCACUGCAGCAUUUUCUCCAACAACGUCAACUUCUCAAUAUCAAUUAAACUAAGAAUAGAAUGUGGACGAGAGAUAAUCCACAGCUGUAAUGACAGGUGGAGAGGCCGUAGCGUGCCGUAAAUAAUGAAUAUCUACCGAAUACCCGUAAAGUAGUACAUAAAAAUACAUUAAAUAAAUCCCUAUGAGGGAUUUCUUCCAAUCAACCAGGUAAGUCUUCUUCCUCCCGGCUUCAGUCCCGGUCGCAUCCUCACCACUCUGGAGAGGAGCCCGGGGUCAAAUCCCAUCUCGACCAUGUACCAAUAACUAUUUUCGAUGUUAUUUUUAUUUCGAUGUUUGACGGCCUCUGUGGCGCAGCGGUAGUGCGCUUGUCUGUGACACCGGAGGUUCCGGGUUCGAAUCCCGGUCAGGGCGUGAUGAGAAAAGAACUUUUUCUUUUUAGAAGAAGUCGCAGGAAACAGUUCGUGUUUUAAAUAUACCUAUGUCUUCUCUAUUAAGAUCAAUUAAUAAUAUUAAUAGUUGUCGAACAAAAAAUAAUAAUAAGCCAUAAUAAUAAUUAAAAUGUUGAAGAUGCUAUAUUUUUGUGUGUAAAAAUGUAAUGUAUACUAAUAUUAUUAAGAUGACGAGUUUGUUUGUUUGUUUGAACGCGAUGAUCUCAGGAAGUACUGGUUCGAAUUGAAAAAUUAUUUUUGUGUUUAGUAGACCAUUUGUCGAGGAAGGCUUUAGGCUAUAUAACAUCACGCUGCUACUAUAAGGAGCGAAGAAACAAUGGAAAAUGUGAAAAAAAAAAACGGGGAAAAUUAUUCAUCCUUGACGGCUUCAAUGAUGCCCGAAAUAACUAUUCUACGCGGACGAAGUCGCGGGCACAGCUUGUAUUUCAAUAAAACGUGUGCUAAUGAAUAUAUUUUUAGUACGAAACUUAACAUAUGUAUUAUUGUAAUUAAAUAAUUAAUUUAUGGUUUAAAGUGAAUCGAUGAUUUGAAACGAUUUUUUAAAAAUAAAUAUUACAAGUAACCCUUUCCCUUAGUCGCCUUUUACGACAUCUAUGGGAAAGAGUUGGAGUGGUUCUAUUCUUUUUUGUAUUAAAAUCAGUGUCUUUAAAUAUAUGUUUUUACUCGUCUAGUCUGAAGGGGUAGGCAGAGACUAACAUCUUUUAACUGGACACGAUUAUAGCAAAUAUUUUUUUUAUUUAAUGCUUAAUAUCUGAUAUUCUUUUGACAUAAUUUAAUGUUCUAGGUUUUAAAACUUUGAAAGGGCUAUGUUAAGUGUGUGCAUUCCUCUUAUAAGCGAUGGGCUAGCAACCUGUCUCUAUUUGAAUCUCAAUUCUAUCAUUAAGCCAAAUAGCUGAACGUGGCUUAUCAGACUUCCAAUACUGGCUCUGUCUACCCCGUUAGGGAUACAGACGUGAGUAAAUGUAUGUAUUUUUAAAGGCUUAUUAUGUAUCAUGUUAGAAAAGAUAAAAGCGUAUCACUUUAAACUUUGUUAUCAAUGAGGCUAGAACAACAUUUAUGAGGAGAAUUGAAUCUGUAUUACAAAACUUAACAAUUCUACGGUGUCAAUUUUAUUUACUAAUUUAUUGUACACAAAAAUCAUCGAGAAUGAUAAACACAAGAAACAUAAUUACAUAGGUUCUGCUUAUUUUAAAAGAAAUGUCAAAAGGCCGUUAAGUUUACAAGAAGAUAUCGUAAUGUUUUAAGGAAUACCAAACUAAAUAGUGUAAAGACGUAUUGUUGUAGAAAUAUUAUAUAAAUAUAGGCUUAUAAACUUGGGAUUCUUAUUUUAGGCGAUGGGCUAGCAACCUGUCACUGUUUGAAUCUCAAUUCUAUCACCAAGCCAACAAGCUGAGCGUGGCCUAUCAGUCUUUUCAAGACCGUUGGCUCUGUCUACCCCGCAGGGGAUAUAGACGUGACUAUAUAUCUAUACUAAUAUUAUAAAGCUGAAGAGUUUGUUUGUUUGCUGGAACGCGCUAAUCUCAGGAACAGAAAAGGCUUUAGGCUAUAUAACAUCACGCUGCAAUUAUAAGGAGCGAAGAAAUAAUGGAAAAUGUGAAUAAAAACGGGGAAAAACAUUCAUCAAUGAUGCCCAAAAUAACUGUUCCACGCGGACGAAAUCGCGGGCACAGCUAGUAUACAUAUAUAUGUAUAUAUAUUGUAAUUAUCCUCACUAAGAAUAGGCUUUUUUGCUAGACGCUGUUAUAUAUUGAUCUAUAUUUGAAAAAAAAAGUGAAUCUCAAUUAUUUUUUUAUCAACGCCAUAUUAAUUUUGGUGCAAUUUUUGUCGCUAAUCAAACCGUUUGGUUGA